GAGCGCCUGCGCAUUGCGUACGUUCAGCUCAACUACACUUGCUUUACACGCGUGUUUUCGAUUCACACUUUGGGAAAAGUGUGUUUUAAGGUAGAAGUUGUAGAACUAUAAAACGUGUUUUUAUCAGAAUGGGAGGCCAGGCUAAGGGCAAAAAGAAAAAUAAACCGAAGAGGAAAGAGAACUGUCCAAACAGGGAUGCAGGGUUUGCUGUAUUGUCACCUCAGGAAAGGGUGAAACUAAGAAUGCACGAAAAAGCCAAGAAGAAGACAGCUGAGAAGUACUCUGUGCAACAGCUACUAGAAAAGACAGAGGAGUGCAUGGACAGUUUUGACUUUGAGAUGGCUGGCCUUUUCUGUCAACGAGCCCUGGAUGUGGAGUCCACCAACCUGCAUGCUCUGGAUAUGCUAGGACACAUCAGCUCUGAACUAGGAGACACACAGAAAGCUAAGGGAGUUUUUCUGCGUGCAGUGGAGCUGAGCCCAGAUGUAGGCCACAGUAAGUACAUGUACCUGGGGCAGAUCCACGCAGGUCAGGAGGCUGUGGACUACUACAGUAGAGGAAUACAGGUCCUACUGUCUGCAUUGGAAAAACAAACACAGACUACAGCUCAGGCCGGAGCUGCCGCCCAACCAGAUGAGGACCCUGAACUACCCACAGCGAAGGAUGUUAGUGUGGCCUACUGCUCCAUUGCUGAGAUUUACCUAACAGACCUCUGCAUGGAGGAAGGAGCUGCAGACAAGUGCAGAGAGUUCAUUGAGAGAGCAUUACAGUAUCACCAUGACAACCCCGAGGCUCUACAGCUCAUGGCCAGUUACCUGUUCAGUACAGAGAGAAACCAGGAGGGCAGAGAAUACCUGUUGAAGAGCGUCGGAUUGUGGCUUCCUGCCCAGAAACAGAGUGCAGCUUCUUCUAGCACAGAGGAAGGUGUGCAGAGUGAGAUCCCUCCGUACGAGUCUCGCGUCACCACAGCCAAACUGCUCAUCGAGUCCGAGGAAUACGAGAUGGCAGUAGAUGUGUUGGAGGGUCUUCUGGAGGAGGAUGAUGAGGUUGUCCAGGUGUGGUAUCUCUCUGGCUGGGUGUGCUACCUCCAGUUUGAGAAAGCAAAGGAGCAGCAAGAAAGAGAGGGAAGGGAAGUGACAGAGGACGAGAUGGAGGAGUGGAAGGCACUGAAGGAGGCAGCCAGAUCGUACCUGACCAACGCUAAGAAGCUGUACAGUAAGCUGCGAUGUGAUGACCAGCCGAUGUUGGAGCAUGUCGAGCAGCUGCUCGGCGAGCUGGGAGGAGAGAUGGAGGGAGAGGAGGGAGACCCAGUCUUGGAUGAUGACUAUGAACCCUGUAGUGAUGAUGAGGAGGACGAUGAAGAGGCACCCAUGGAGCAUUGACCACCCCCCCCCCACCCCCCCACCCCCAUUAUUUGUAUUCUAUGAUUAGACUUUUCCUGAUCAUGCUUCCUUCUAGUUUCAAUGUUCUCAUGCGCUCUCUAAAGUGCCUUUUUUUUUUACCGGUUAUCCUUUAACAACCAUUUAUCACAGAUGAAAUUUAAAGUGAGAUGCACAAAAAGAGUGGUAUUAAAAGCUGCAGUUGACUCAAUCUCUUUCAGUUGCUUGUUAAAUGCUUUUGGUGAAAUAAGUGCAUAUUAGAGAAGUGGUUCCCUUAAUCACCUUGACAGGAUGAUGGUGAUAAAAGAAAGUUUUAGAGCUUUACUUCUCACCAGCAGCAAAAAGCAAAACACCUUUUGAAUGCUUUUACCUUAUACACACCCACGCAUGGUUUCUACAAGCAAAGAUACACAACACAUGCGUACACAAACAAAAAAACAAAAAUGCACAAAGGCAGCACAUUAAUUACUUCAGCUCCCCCUCAGUACAACAGCAGCAGUAGCAGCAGUGUUUCCCUCACCGACUGCAGUGAAAGUGAAAUAUCUCAUCGGGGUGUAGGCAUUAUUAGAAAACUGUGUCUGUCUAUCUUUACAUGUGAAGGUCCUUAUAGUCCAAGUUUAUGUGCAAUGCUUGAAUUUUUAUGCUGUUCAGUUUAUUCUCCCGCUUUGGAUUUUGUUUUUCUCCCUUUUGUUAACUCAUUGGAUUCAACAAGACAAGACACAAUAGAGAGAUUUUGACAUUAACUUAUGCGGUAUGCGUAUCUCUCCCUGCUGCUCAAAGUGGCUGGCACAAAGCUUUUCAGAGCAGAGAAACUGGCAACUGAGCCUUUUUAAAACUAGUUUUUCACAUCGCAUCGCAGCCUUUUAAAAUUCUCAAACGGGGUUAUGUAGCGUAAUGACAUGGCAAAAUAAUGGACUGAUGCUUCUCACUUUGUUUUAUAUUUUCUUUUACUAUCUGGUGCAGCAAGGUGAAGAGGCAGAGUUUGUACAUCUGAGAGGUAGACAGCUACACAUACAGCUGCUGUCUGUGGACAAAGAAGAUUAAAACAUUUGAGGAUAUUUCUGUAACCAACAGCACAAAACUCACCAUGUGAGAUGUUUCACAGCAUGACAAACUACUGUUUCAGGUCAGAGAUGUCAGGCUGAAAACUAUCUCCAAAUCUUAGAAGCACACAUACAGUCCAUCGAUGUGUCUCUUACUUUUUCUUUAGCAAAUGUGGCCUUGAUUAGCCCAAUUUAAUCAGAAUCUAUAUAAGUUUGAUUUUUGUGUGAAGCAUAAAGCAUUUUUAAAUUAAGUUUGUACCUUUUGUUUCUAUGCACCUGCAAAAGAAUUUUCUCAAGCCAAGUUCUCUUUAGUUUUUUGUUCUAUUAGACAUUUUCUCCCCAGGCGCCUUAAGUAGAGGGAGAGCAACUGUUGCAUGUGACAUGCAUGCUUUAACACACAUCCACCGAAGAGUAUUUCUCCAUCCACCAUGCCUGUUAACAAACACAACACACCACAGACAUCCACGGCUGUGCGGCCUCUUUGAAGAAUUUCAUAACCAGUAAAUGGGAACGUUAUCUGAGAUAACUGCUCCUGAUAGCGGCCCAGCUGCAAGCUGAGAGGCCUGUUUGAGAAUACAGGGGUCCAGAUACCAUGAUUCGAUUGUGCGUGUUUGUGUUUAAGGAGCGUAAAAUACAGCUCAGGAGAAAAGUUACAGAUACAAUCCUGUGUGUGUGUUGUAUCUGCGUGUGUGUGGUUUAUCAUAGCUUAAUGUGAUAUGAUGUGUUGUUAUUUCUGAACUGGGCUUUGCUCAGAAAUAUUCAUGUCUGCGAUGUUUAGUGUAUGAUAAUGCACCAGGAGUACAGGCCUUGAGGACUGGCUACCUGGAGCGAUGCUGUCAUCUAGCAUUUGGCUUUAUAAUUAAAAUGGGCCCUAGUGUCUAUGUGUGUUUCUA